CGGUUAGUGAUAAGAUUGAUAAGCAGCUGUAUGAGGUGAUUCCUACGUGUGAACAGCUGUAUCGUCAAUCAUGUUUAAAGCCCACAUCUCUGUGUUAGCUGUGGUUACGUUCGUGACAACAGCGCAAACAGAUACACCAUGCUGCACCCCAUCUCAGUUCUCCGGGGUGGGGCGGAUCCUGACAGGGGCAAUCAACAAACCAACAGACCACAGCACUGAGGUGAACUUUGAGCUUCAGUUUGACAGCCUUAACAGACUGGUUGGAACUGAGAAUGCUGUACAGGAGGGAGACCAUGUUUCCAACUACAAAUUGAUAUUGGAUUAUCGCAAGGGUGUCCAGUAUCUUAUAAAGGGCAGAGAGUGCGUCAAGUCCACCCUCCAGCAGAAGGACAAGAUCGGCUGUGUACCAGCCAACUCAACUCUGAUGUCCCACUACUGGUUUGGCUCCAUGGAGAAGUAUGGGGAACACAUGUUUGCAAAGUCGUACCAGAUUACUGAUCAGGGGCUUAUGGGAUUUCUGUCAGUCACAGAGAAGGACUGUGCCUUGGUAUCAGAAACAGUGUAUGGCUCUGUAAACGCUGUGCCGAUGAUGAGGUCGACAGUACUGGUGAAUCAAACAAACUAUGUGGAUCCGACCUUCUUCAAUGUUCCGGAAAGCUGCAUUUUUAAACCAAGUCUGCCCCUGGUUGCUCCCUGGUCUAAACUCAGCUUCAUGAACUGGUAGGUGACGGAGGCACUGUGCACCCUUCACGGAAUAAAAGCUUUCCCGUAUCA